AUGCUUGCGACAGCUCCACAGCCUGCCGGCGGAUUCUCGCUUGGAGCAUCUUCGGUGCCAGCAAUGGACACAGCGACGGGACAGCGAAAGCGGGCGGUGGGCGGUUUCGUGGACGAUGACUCGGACUCGGAAGAAGAGGGCAGCGGCCAGGAGAAGGGAGUGGAAGGCAUUCUACCACCGCCAGCCAAGAAGCGGAUGCUGGAGCAUGAAAGCAGCAGUGAACUGCACCAGGAGCCAGGCGAAUCUGGCAUAGCCUCACUCUUGGGCGGACCGGCAGCCGAAAGCGAGCUGGCGCCGACGACGACAGACAUACUUGACACAGCCAACAUACUAGACGACAGGUCCAUUCCGGACGCCCAGGUGGUCUUGGAAGAGUCCCACGAGCAGCUUGGCGAGGAAGACCGGUACGAUCUGCUGUUCAGGUCCGGACCAGGCGACAUGCUGCUCGAGCCAGAGGCGCCACGGCGGUUUCGUGUGCAGACGUGCUCCGGGAAGUCGAUACCGAUGCGCGAGCGGAGAGUCCAGAAAGUGGUGCCAUACGAGGCGAUGGUGGCAGCACGGUCGCGCACGAAAGAAGGGCGAGCCAAGCGGAGCUUCUAUGGCAUCGACAUCCACGAGCUGAUUGAUGGAGCGCAGAAGGAGAUUGGGGAGAAGAAGGACAGGGAGCGGCGAGAGCAAGAGCAGGCGCGAGCGCAGUCGCCCGACGCGAUGUCGACGAGACCGUCUACCGCUCUGCCAAUACACUCGGUUGGGCGGCAGAUGGACGGAGACGGGUCGAAGAAGAGCAAGAAGAAGCGAUCGACGAUGCUGUGGACGGAGAAAUACCGGGCGCGCAGCUUCAUGGAUCUUGUGGGUGAUGACCUGACCAACCGGUUGGUGCUGAAGUGGCUCAAGCGGUGGGACGCGGUGGUGUUUCCGCACGCAGCCAAGGGACGGCGGCGGCCAGGCAACAGCGUCCAUAGCAGCAGUGGCAGCGGGGCGCUGGACGGGCAGCAGCAGCAGGCGGGUAACGAGGAGAGAGCACACCGCAAGAUCCUGAUCCUAACGGGGCCGCCAGGGCUGGGCAAGACGACGCUGGCACACGUGUGUGCGCGGCAGGCGGGCUACGAUGUUCUGGAGAUCAAUGCGAGCGACGAUCGCAGCCGGGACGUGGUCAACGGACGGAUCCGGACGAGUUUGGGGACGGAAAGCGUCAAGACCAUUGAACACGUGACAUCGCGACCAGUGACCAAGGCCAAAGCAGCGGGAGCCGGGACGGGAGGAUUUUCGCUGCUGGCAGCGUCGACUGCAGCGGUAGAGAGGACAGGUCCGGCCAAGGUAGCGCGACCAGUGUGUGUGAUCGUGGACGAGGUGGACGGAGCGGUGGGCGGCAGCGGAGCGACGGGCGAGGGCGGAUUCGUCAAGGCGCUGAUGGACCUGGUGCUGGUGGACCAGCGAAAUAGCGGGUCGGCGACAGCAGCGACGACAGGGAACAAGCGGAAGAAGGACGACUUCCGGCAGAAGCGGCCGCUGAUCCUGAUCUGCAAUGACGUGUACCACCCAGCUUUGCGGCCGUUGCGACAGUCGGGACUGGCAGAAGUGGUGCACGUGGGCAAGCCGUCAGCAGAGACGGUAGUAGUGCGACUGAAGAGCAUCUUUGAGAAGGAGGGCAUCACAUGCGAGAAGGAGGCGGCGCGCAAGCUGUGCGAGGCAGCAUGGGGGAUGGGAGCAGACGGACAGGAGUCGCGACGCGGAACAGAGAGCACGGCCGAAGGCGAUCUGCGAGGAGUGAUGGUUGUGGGGGAGUGGGUGGCUCGACGACUGCGAGCGAUGACAGACUCGGCCAGACCACAGCUGACACGGCAGUGGGUGAACCAGAACGUGAUGGCAGACAUGGCACACGGCAGUGGCGGCGGUGGCGGUGUGGGAGCGCGAGGAUUAGGACGAGGAGGUGUGCGGGAGAUUGUCAGUCGGGUCUUCCAGGAAGGCGGCGGGUUUCCAAAGACGGGUGGCGGCAGCGGAUGGACGUGUCAGCAGCGGCUGCGCGAGAUGGUGGAAACGAGCGGCGACGUGGACCGGAUCAUGACGGAGGUGUUUGCGGAGUAUCCAAACCGGGAAUUCAACGACGACUUGUACCUCAGCAAGCCGGACUCAGCAUACGAAUGGCUGCACUUCCACGAUCUGUGCUCGCGGCGGGUGUUUGGCAGCCAGGAGUGGGAGCUGAUGGCGUACACGAGCCAGCCGGUGCUGGCAUGUCACGAGCUGUUUGCGACGUCACGGCGCCACAUGCCAGCGGGUGAGGGAGCAGAUGGGGGCAGCUCGACAGCAUCGGUGUUCAGCGGGCCACGAGCCGACUUUGCGGCACGCGAGGCCGAGAAGCAGAGCCGGGCAGCACUGCAGGCGAUCCAGGCACAGCUGCCACCGUCGCUGCUGCGGGCACUGCGAAGUGCUGAGGACGUGGCGGUCGACUUUCUGCCGUAUCUGGUGCGACUGGUGUCGCCCGACGUGAAGCCGGUGCUGGUGAACGUGAGCAGUGGCAGCGGCAGUGGCAGUGGCAACGGAGGCGGAGGCGGUGUCAAGAAUGGGAUGACGUCGGUGGCGAGCGUGCGACGGGAGGGCGAACGGGUGCUGGUGCGCCGGGCGGCCGAGGUGUUGGCCGAGCUGGGCAUCUCGCUGCGACGAGGGAUGUUGGAGGAGGAGACCGUGAUGACUAAUCCAUCAGUGGCAGCACGGCCGCAAUGGGUGUACCGGAUGGAGCCCGACAUCGACUCGCUGGCCGCGUUCGAGACGGCCGGGACGCUACUGCUGCCGAGCGGCAGCAUGCCGACACGCUAUGCCGUGCGCCAGGUGCUGGACCAGGAGCUGCGCCGGACGUUAGCCCAGCGGGAGAUGCAGGCGAGGCAGGCCCGCUUCCAGGCGGGAAGGCCGGCGGGAGAGAGCCAGACGAUGGCGGCGGUGGCGACCGUGAAGAAGAGUCUGCCCGAUACAGCCGCAGCAGACGGCGUCGCGGUCAAGCGUGACUUCUUCGGCCGCAUCGUCGUCAUGGCUGCAUCCAACGCGAGCAGAAGCAGCGAGACGAAUGGAAGGGACAACGAUGGGGGUCACGUGACUAAGGCGGGUGGACGGGUUUGGGUGACGUUUCACGAAGGGCUGAACAACGCGGUACGGAAGCCGAUCACGGUGGAGGAGUUUGUGCGGGGCUUGUGA